CUCACAAGAUUUGCCUUUUGCGUGACUGCUCACGACUAUAAGAACUCGAAUAGUUUGUCGUAAUUUUUAAUCUCAUCAUCCUCACUCAUCUACUCAACUAUUCAACCUCAACAGAUUCUGCAGCAAUCAUGAAGGCCACUCUCUUCGUCUCUCUCCUCCUCUCUCUCGGCGUAACUGCCACUCCUGCUACCGACACCGUCACCAUUGAAGACGGUGGCUACACCUACACUGGUAUCGACAAGCCCCUCCUCGCCCUCCGUGGCCUCGAGGCCCGUUGCAGCUGCUUCCCCUGCUACUCUCCUCACGCAGACUGCACCCCCGGAAAGUGCCAGUGUGCUGGUGACUACGGUUGCUGGUCUUGCGGCGGCGGUCGUAUGCAGUGCCAGCCCGGCCCUGGAUCUGGACAGUGCUGGACUUAGGCUUAUCAUUGGGUCUUGGCUCUGAUGGGGAUUCUCUACAUGCAAACGGAUGGAGGCUCUUAUAUGCAAUCAGUU